GCAAUGUCCCUUAGUAAAGUAGUGGACAGUCCUGGUCCUGGACAAAGUUCUAAGAACACUAGCCAGUGUUCUCUUUGUGUGAACCCUCAGCUGACUUAAAGCACAAGAGGGGGUUAACUGUCUUUGGCUCCUUGGUUGUCGGUACUCACAAGGCUCCUGAAAAAAGUUUUGGCUUUAGAUGUACUUUCACUUUUUAAUUCAGUUUGUUGCAGUGAGAAGGAGGUCCCUGGGUAAGCCAAAGAUAUAUAUAAUGACAGAACAAAAGGAAGUGGAUGUGAUUAACUGAUGAAGCAGAGAAACAACUCAUAACUAAACAAAUCCUCACUAUGUCUGAUUCUCCAUCUCCUAAUACACACUCCACAGGGUGAUGAUAACAUGUUUGGGGACUCCUAAGCAACCAGCAAGUGACAUUGAACACUUUGGUUUACAGAUAUGCACUUUGGUAAUCUUCACACCACUCAACAUAGCUAUGAUUGUCAUAGGGGCCGUAUACAUCGAUAAAUGCAGCAUUGACCCCAAUAUCCCCAUUUUCCUUAUAGUGGCUGGGGCAGUUUAUCUAGUUGGAUUUGUGCUCAUGCCAUUGAAGUUUGUCUCUGAGAAGGCAAUGCAUACCGUGGGGAGAAUUCUGGGUCUCUUUUCACUGUGUUGGUUCAUUACAGGAAGUGUCUGGGUGUUUUCAAUCUACGACGUCAACCCUAGAGACUGUGAUGAUACUGUAUAUAAAUUUGCAUUUGGAAUCUUAAUAGUAGAAUACAUCCUUGCAUGUAUUACUAUAGUCGUGGUCUGCCUUGGAACUUGCUGCAUAGUUGCCACGUCAUCAAUUUCGGCUAUGGGUCCUAAUCCAGAAGAUGAACAUCUAGUCUCUGCAUAAAACUAAGUUGACACACCUGAAAUAAAUGCAUUUGGAUAAAUAAUUACAUUUGAAGAAAGCAUGCAUAUGCAGUAGUAUUCUUUUCCUGAGUUAAAUAACACCCCAGUGUGUUUGUUCGGGUGGCCCCCGUUGAGAGAGAUUUCAGUACAGGAAUAGUAAAGACAGGAACACGGUGUAUCUGAAAUCAUUCUGUGACUUUACUGAUAAUCUUAAAACAAUUAUAUGCAUUACAAAAAAGGGGAGGGAAAGAAAUACAUUAAUUUGGGUAAGAAAAAAAGAAUUAUUAUGUUGGCAAUAUGUGAUUGGUUAAUACAAAUACUACGUGUUUUUGUAAAGAUAAGUUAUUAUGACUUACUCGUUAAAAACAGACCUUCUAUUCAUUAAAAAGGCUUAGUAAGUAAAAAA